UGCUCACUGGGAAAGGCCGAGGCCGAGUGUUUCAGAGACAGCGAGUGAAGUGAAACCCCAGAAAAGUGCGAGGGAGAGGUGCGGGCCACUGACGACGAUGUCCUGGAGGAAAUCCAGCGGGAAAGAAUGCGCCAAUUGCAGACCAUCCGGGCGAGAGAGGGCAAGUACGACCCAAUGACUUCGCGAGUGGCCCCUCCCGUCUACCAGCCUGGAGAGGUCACUCCAGGGCACUCCAGAGAAAAACGCAGCCUAGACCCGAUGAACUCCCGCGUGGCGCCGCAGCGUUCCUCGCGCGACGGCCCUUACACCAUCACGCCCGACCGCCUCAACGAGAUCCGCGCCGAGCUCAUGUACCCUUACUACGACAACGACGAGCACGGCGGCAACGGCGACCUCGAGGUCAACAUCAACACGCAGAACACGCAAGUCAACAAGCAGCUCACCUUCCUGCUGCCCUUCUUCGGCUUCGGACUCAACUACACCUGGGUCUCUCUGAACGGCUACCUGGGCUUCUCCGACGCGCCGUUCAACUGGGAGCACUACCCGCUGUCGUUCCCGGUGCCGCAGUGGCCCGAGAAGCCCGACCCGUCGUUCAUCGGGCCCUUCUACUCCAAGUGCAACAUCGGCGAGCUCAGACCGGGCGACGACGACUCCAGGAGGCCCGGCGUCUACUGGAGACUGGAGCGUGACCUUCCUUCGCGGCUUGACCAGUUCGGUGUGGAGAUCCGCGAGCGCAUCAAGUGGGACGUGCGCGAGGGCAUCGUCGGCGCCGCCAUCUUCAACCCCAAGCACGUCAUCAUCGUCACGUGGAAGAACGUCACCUUCGCCGGCGGCUCCGUCAACACCAACGCCAAAUACGUCACGAACACCUUCCAACUCGUGGUGACGACGGACGAAAUCCGCACGUACGCUCUCUUCAACUACGAGUACAUGCGCUGGACUUCCCACACGGAGGCCGGAGGCUCCACUGACGACGGCCAGGGCGGAGUACCUGCCUACGUGGGCUUCAACGCCGGCAACGGAACACGCUCCUACGAGUACACGCCAUACAGCCAGAAGCUUUACAUCCGGGACCUCUCGACCGCCGGCAACGCGAACGGAAAGCCCGGGCGACACAUCUUCCGGAUCGACGAGAAAAUCUUGGCAGGAUGUUGCAGGCGAGAAGAAGACCUGAUGGACUACCCGCUGACCUUCUCGCCCGAGCACGGCAACAUGAUGGGCGGCACGCUGGUCAACCUGACGGGGCCGUGCUUCGAGGUCACCCACCGCAUCCUGUGCCAGUUCGACACGACGGCCGUGGAGGGCAAGGUGCUCGACGGCAACAGGGCGGCGUGCGUGAUGCCACAACUCUUCGUGUCUGGCUACGUCGACUUCUCGAUUUCCAUCAACUCGGGACCUUACUACUGGAAGGGAAAAUUCUUCGUCGAGACGCCCCUGACGGCCCCCGAGGGAGUGUGGUUCAAGGACGACAGCUACCAGCAGCACACGCCGACCGAUCUCAAGCUGGCGUGGCUGGCGGGCAACCUCACCAUGAACAAGGACGCGCAGGUCAUGAUUUCGCUCUGGGGCUACAGGGAGAUCUCCAUCUAUCCGGAAAUCAUCUACAUCGACAUGCUGGUUGACGGGACGCAGAACACGGGAUCCUACAUACUGGUUCCCGGGGACUACGCGAACCGAGACAACUCGCAGUACCUAGAUCUUGAGAUGGGUCUCAUCAUGAUCAAUCUGACGACGCCGGAGCCAGCCUACGGCCUCGAAGUGUCCACGGUCGUGUGGUCCCGCCCCAUCCCUCUGGCAUGGUACUUCCGGCCCCAGUGGGAGAGAAUCUACGGCACGGGAUGGACGACCGCCAUGUGUGACCGCUGGAUCGAAAAUGACCGCAAUCUCAGGAACUUCGCCUACGAGGUGGAGCGCUGCCCGUGCCUGCUCAAGCAAGCUGUGGCCGACAAGGGGCGCUUCCUCCCCGACUUCUCCUGUGACCGCGACGGAAACACCGAGUGCGACUACCACUUUGGCGCCAUUCACUGCGUCCGCACGGCGCUGCCCAACAAGGACGGCGCCGGCCAGCAGUGCUGCUACGACCGUGACGGCUACCUCAUGAUGACCGCGGACAAGAUGUGGGGCGGAAACCCCCACCGCGCCCACAACCUCGGGAAGUCGCCCUUCGAUGAGGCCAACAAGGUGCCCAGCUUGUCUCAUUGGUACCACGACGUGAUUCCGUUCUACACGUGCUGCAAAUGGCAGGGCGAGCAGUCUCCGGGCUGCGUCACCUACAGGUUUGAGCGGAGGGCGUCCCAGGACUGCGUGGGCUACCAGCCCCCGACAGCGGCCACGGUGUUCGGCGACCCCCACGUGUACACCUUCGACGACCUGCAGUACACGUUCAAUGGGAAGGGCGAGUUCGUGAUGGUCCGCGUGGACUCCGUGCGCCACGUACUCGACGUCCAGGGCCGCUUUGAGCAGAUCCCCGUCAACUACCUCGGCGAGGCAAAGGCGUCCACUCUCACGGCUGUAGCAGCUCAGGAUAACGUGUCUUCCGUUGUGGAGGUUCGGCGGCGCCCUAAUGACGCCAUGUGGCGCUACCACCUGGACGUCAUCGUCGACGGAACAAGAGUGUAUUUCGAUCGCUAUUCGCAGAAGAUCCAGCAGUUUAAGGAGUGCGUCGUUUAUACCCCUAGCAACAUUCUCAACCAGAGUCACGUGAUCAUCAUGUUCGCCUCGGGAGCAGGAGUUGAAGUCAUGGAGAACAUGGGCUACUUGGGCACAAGGAUUUACUUACCCUUAUCGUUUGCGAACAUAACGCGAGGCUUAUUUGGGAAUUGGACGUUCGACCCGCAGGAUGACCUGGUUCUGCCCGACGGCUCCUCAGGCCCGGUGGCGGACGCGAACAACAUAGAGCUCAUCCACAAGGACUUCGCCAUGAAAUGGGUGCUGGACGACAAGGAGAAUCCGGACGUUGGGAAAAGUUUGUUCCUCCACGAGAAUUCUCGCUCCAGUAACUACUAUUACGACCCUGACUUCAUACCAGAAUGGAAAACGACUCCUGAGCUGUCACCCAACGCGACGACCCCCAUUGAAGAUAUCAACCGCGUGUGCGGCGACUCGUACCAGUGCUACUUUGACUACGUAGUUUCGCUGAAGAGGGACUUCGCCGUCAUGACCAAGUAUUACCAGGACCAGUUCGUCAACAUCAAGGGCGACGGACUUCAAGAAGUGAUAUCGUGCGGCGCUCUCCCGACGCCCCCGCACGGCCGCAAGUCCACCUUCAACUUCCUUAGCGGAGCAGAAGUCAAGUUCGACUGCGACCCGGGCUACGUCCUGCUGGGCGAGCAGCGCCGCUGGUGCUACGCCUCGGGCGACUGGAACUGGCCCGAGGACGGCGAGGCGACCUGCGUCACCGUGGCAGAGUACGGGGCCAUGCAGGCGGGCGUGACAGCCGGGACGGUCCUUGCGGUGCUCCUGCCGGUGCUCAUCGCCAUGCUGUGCUACGCCUCCUACGUGCGCAACAAGCGGCGCGGGGUCGCUCGCCCGCCCUUCCGCCGAGACCCCCGCCCUGCCCGUUCCUACGACCCCUCCUCUCCCCCCUUCCGGUCCCCCUCGCCUCCGUCGAGUGCCUCUCCGGUGGCAGUGUGGUCGGCGUCCAAGCCCGCCUCGCAGCGGGCCGUGGUGACAGAGAAGCCCCUCGGGAGAGCUCCUGCGGCCGCGCCAUACUAUAGCACCUCCGGCGAGAGCGAGGGGAGUCCCCCACCGCCCUCGCUGUCCUCGGCAACCUCCGCCUCGUCCUCGCCCGGUGACUCCGGCCGCGAGGGGGGCAGCGGCCGCCGCAAGGGACGUGGCCGCAGGCCUCGGAUGCCGGAGCGUAUGGACGGCGACUACGACACCCACGAGCCGCUGGACGACAGGCCGGUCGUCUUCCAGAACGUGCUUUGGGACCUGGAGGGGGGCGACGCCAAGCAGUCGUCCGUGUAGGUCGCCUCCUGGAUGGGUCGCAGGAAUUCGAUGGAAGAACAACAGAACAGAAGCGACGAAACAGGAUUUGAGUUUCAGUGAGAGGGACUGCGGUGCCUUCUGGUGCGCAAUGUGAAUUAGAAAUAUACUGCGAAUCUGGUUAAUCAAUCUUGAAAUAAAUACGACAUUUUGUAAAAUAAGAGUUUUCCUUGGAGAGGCUAUUGAUGAGGCAGAAGUAUUUCUACAAAACGACUACAGCACUACGACAAUAUAACUAACGAUAAUAAAAUUGCAGUGUUCUGUUAAUGGCUUAUGUUACAAGCACAUAGUAACGAACGAAUGAAUGCCAUUGAAAUGU